UCAGAGGCGGGCACGUCGUUACUAUGGGAACGACCGGGCUGGUAGCACGGCUCGCUGACUUCAGGCUACUCAGUUCAAGGGAGACCCGGAGGCGGCAGACAGAGUGUGCGGCGCAACCCACCUUGUGUACAGGUGCCGCCCAGAGACCCUCAAGAGACGCCAAUAUCUCGGACCAGCAGGAGAUCGAGUCAAAAAGGAUCUGAUUAAAUUCGCCAGGUUCUGUCUUCAUGGAGAAGUAUGAGAAGAUCGGUAAAAUCGGUGAGGGAUCCUACGGGAUUGUCUUUAAAUGCAGGAACAGAGACACGGGUCAGAUCGUGGCCAUUAAGAAGUUCUUGGAAUCCGAGGACGACCCAGUGAUCAAGAAGAUUGCUCUGCGUGAGAUCCGCAUGCUAAAGCAAUUAAAACAUCCAAACCUUGUUAACCUGCUGGAAGUCUUUAGAAGAAAGAGGAAAUUACAUUUGGUCUUUGAAUAUUGCGACCACACUGUCCUUCAUGAACUUGACCGACAUCCGCGAGGUGUACCGGAACAUCUUGUAAAGAGCAUAAUCUGGCAAACGUUACAAGGCGUCAAUUUCUGCCACAAACACAAUUGUAUUCAUCGUGAUGUCAAGCCAGAGAACAUCCUUAUCACCAAGCAGUUGGUCAUUAAGCUGUGCGAUUUUGGAUUUGCCAGAAUAUUAACGGGACCCAGCGACUACUACACAGAUUAUGUGGCUACAAGGUGGUACCGAGCGCCGGAGCUGCUUGUGGGUGACACCCAAUACGGCCCUCCUGUGGAUGUCUGGGCUAUCGGCUGCGUGUUCGCUGAGCUUAUAUCUGGAGUCCCCCUGUGGCCGGGCAAAUCUGACGUGGAUCAGUUAUACCUCAUCAGGAAAUGUCUGGGUGAUCUCAUUCCUCGGCAUCAGCAAGUGUUCAGUACAAACCUGUUCUUCAGCGGGGUCAGCAUCCCGGAUCCAGAAAAAAUGGAUCCCCUGGAAGGCAGAUUUCCGAACAUCUCUGCUAAUGCAAUGGGACUCAUGAAGGGCUGCCUGCACAUGGACCCCUCAGAGAGACUAAAGUGUGAGCACCUGCUGGAACACCCGUACUUUGACAGCAUCCGAGAAGAAGCGGAAGCUGCGAGGGAUCCAGAGAGACUGAGCCGGAGACAGACCAGACUGCACAGGAGAUACUUUCCAGGGCUGCAUCAUCUCCCACAGCUCACCAACAGCAACAUCUUACCAGCCCUGGACAGUAAGAAAUAUUACAACACCAGAAAAUUCAACUACCGCUUCCCCAACAUCUAACCGGGAGAAAUCCGGGCACAGAGAGACUAGUUCAAUAUUUAUUAUUCCCGGAACCAGGCGGCAGGAAUGUGCGAGCA